AUGUCAGACGUAGAACAAGAACCGCCUACCAAAAGUGAAGUCUCAACUGCUCGGGAGCCUCGAGUAGUUGAAAAAUCAAGGAAAAGAAAACACGAGGGUAAUACGCAUUCUGUACCCGUUGAUAGACCUCGAAGAACCGUGCACCCUGUUGUUCUCUAUUCUCAAGUCUCGGAAGCAAAGUCACGUACUAGAAAGCCCGUCGAGGUUGUACAAGGUGAAGGCGUUCCCCUUGGUCAAAUCUCAUCGAUAGUUCGAGCCAUUGACAGGCUUAAAACGACUGAUGAUAUGAUUAAAGGUUUACAUAAGUUGCUCUACGGAAGGGUCGGAACGAAACACGAUGUCAAGUCCCAUAUCCGCGCGUUUUCUGGCUUUGUCGUAGGAACGCCAGUUGAUGAAUUGGUUUUUAAAGAGAAGCUUGAGAAAUGGAAAAUAUCCGGAUUGAAAGACUUGUGUUCAUUGUUCAGUCUUAAAUCGUCGGGUGAUAAGGCCUCCAUUGUCGAACGACUUUUCGAGUUUUUGAAAAAGCCUUACGACACUUCAAACCCUAAGGAUCGAAAAUCAAGAGGCAAAAAGACCACCGCUUCUAAAACUUCCAAGAAAUCCACAAUAGCAAGAAAAAAAUCUCCUCGGGAUAUAUUCUUUGCCAAAAAUAGAGAAGUUUUUAAAGCAAAGGAGGGAAAUGAGUCAGCAUCCAGACAAGAGAUCGAAAAGCAGAUGUCUGAAGCCUGGAACGAUUUGUCAGGAAAAGAAAGGAAACAAUACGUUUCUCUAGCCGAAAAUGCCAAUAAGUCGGCCACUUCAAAAAAAAAAGCGACAAAGAGAGAAAUCAAGUCACCCGAGAUCGUAGAAAGUGAUGAAGAAAUGGACGAUAAUGAGAAGUCCGAUGAGGAAAAGUCAGACGCCGAUGAAAUAUUAGAGGAUAAGGAUAAAGGUUUAUUAAGCUCAUCCUCGGAAGAAUAG